UAUCUCCCUGUAAUACACACAUUUUUGGAGUUUCAGAUGAGGGGUAAGCAUGGCAAAGUUCCCUCAAAGCCUCCAGUUAAACCUUCCCUAUCCAAUUCCAACUCCCUCCCUCCCUCCACAAGCAACAAGACCAGCAUACCAACAACAUCCAAGAAGAAGAAAAAGAGGAAGGGGGAAGAGGGUGAGGAGUUGCCUCAGAAAGCAAGCCAUCAUUAGCCACCAAAUGCAGGAAUGCUUAUUAGCUAACAGGACAAGAAGUCGGAGACGAAGAAGCAGGAGGCUCAGAAGCCGCGGGGCGCGCACCGAGAAGAAGAAGUACCAGGCGCCGCCACCAUGUCGUAUGAUCAGAUGCUAGCGCCGCUUCUCGGAGCCGCCGCCGCCGGCCGGCCGGUGUGGACGACGUCGACGACAGCCGGGCUGCAGCACGACGCCGUGAGGAGGCAGAUACUCAAGUGCACGCGGUGGCAGCUGGAGGAGACCACGGACUUCGUCACCUGCCCCUACCACUACUACUGCGACAGCUCCUACCCCGGCGACUACCACCCCGCCCUGGGCGCCCUCGUCGCCGCCUUCGCCGCCUACUGCUUCGCCACCGCCCUGGCCUUCACCGUCCUCGACCUCCUCGCUCGGCCGAGCACCACCAGCAGCAGCAGCGCCAGCGGCAGCGGCAUAAGCAUCAGAGGCAUCAAGAGGAAGUACCUGAUCCCGUCGGGCCCGUUCCUGCUCCCCCUCGUCCUCCUCGCGCUCGCCAAGGGGCAGCGCCUCAACGCCGUCUUCCCUCUGGCCCAGCUCGGCCCGGCAUUGCUGCUGCUGCUCCAGUGCUCCGCCCUCGCCUUCCGGAACGAGGCCGACGGCGACAUCCGGUACGCCGUCCUGGAGGCCUCCACGGUGUCCGGGGUGCUCCACGCCAGCCUCUACCUGGACGCUGUCGUGCUGCCCUACUACACGGGGCUGGAGGCGCUCCGCUGGUCCCGCUUCUCCGGCGAGUGCGCGUCGUGCCUCUGCCGGAUGGAGCCGCUGGUCGUGGGCGGCACGGCGAUGCGGUACAGGGGCCUGUCCAAGACGGCGCUGGCCAUCAUCUUCGCGCUCUGCUCCCGGAUGGUGUGCCGGAUCUACGGCGAGGAGCGGCUCAGCGCCUGGACGCGGUCGGCGCUCGAGGGCGUCGGCUGGGUCUUCGUGGCCGCCGACGCCGUGUACCUCGUCGGCUGGGUCGCCGCGGAGGGCGGCGCCGUCGGGGUGGCCGUGUACAGCUUCGUCGCGGCGCUCGUCUUCCUCUGCGUCUUCGGCAAGGUCUACAGAUUCUUGGCGUGGGUCGAGUCCAAGUCGCAGUGGAAAUCAUCAAGCCUCAGCUGCCACAACGUUGUUUGAUACUAUGAUUCUCGCAGAAAAGAAAUCCUGUAGAAAGAGAAAGAAACAUUUUUCUUAGUUCGUCUUUUGUUUGAUGUACAAAUUUUACAGUGCUCACAAUUGGGAAGGCAAAGAAGGUCUGCAAAAAUUUUCCCUUCAGUUUUAGACGAGUUCUCUGAAGCCACUCUGUUCUUUUUGUCGAUGAAUCUUAAGAAAAUUCCCCCCUUUCA